AAUCAUUUAUUACAGAACUUUGGUCUGUAUUAGAUAUAUACGGACAUAUAUUAUUACAUUCGUUUUAAAAAAGACGUUUUGAUUUUUGAAGUGAAAACAUUUUAGAGUCAAAAUUUGUUAACCUGAUAUUAAUAACAUAUUACUGAAAAGAUUGACGAUAAUUCACUUAAUAUUUAUGUGUACACUAACAGAAUAGCUCCAAGGGUUGACACAAAUUUUAUUAUAUGUGUUACAUUUAUAGAAAUAUUAGUAUUUCUCUUUUGUAAUGUCAAGUUAUAUCAGCUAAGAAUCAUAUUCUUUCCAAUCUUCCCGAUGUCCUAAUUUAAUAAGGUUUCCUAGAACUUUUAUUAACUCGGAUAAUCGAUUGGUUUUACUAAUGGACUAAUGGUGACUAAAUAUUUUUAAUCCGCACUUAACAUCCUAAUCAACUCUUAUAGUUAAUUCACUUUUGAAUAUUAAAAAAAAAAAAAACAUAAUUAACCACUAAUUACAAUCAAAUAAGUAUAAAAGACACAUUCCUGUUGUUAGGAAAUCAUUCCACUGAGCGUGUCUUAACUGUCAGCAUCGAACGAAUAAAACAUUAAACGUGCAAAAUGAAAUAUACGGUCUUCUCUGUGCUCGCUUGUGUUGUAGCAAUUGAGGCUAAGCCAAAACCCUAUGUUGGAUACGGAAACGGUAUGAUCGAUCUCGGUCCAGCUGGCGCUAGAAUGGGAGGUCUUAGGUUAGGUAAUCGUCUCACCAAUCCACUAGCAAUGGAUGAAUUAGGAUACGGCACUAGCGGGUCUGAAUUUAGUCGAGGCAGCGGUUUUGGAGAUAGCGGUUUCAGUUCUGGUGCCAGCGGUUUGGACAGCAGAGGAUUCCACAAUGGCGGAAGGAGAAACUUCCAUGAUAUUGGACAGCAUCACAGCAGCCGUACCUCGAUCAAUCACGCCGAGAACACAGACAAUCAUGACAUCGGCGGCAGUGAAUUCUUUGACACUGGAGCCCAAUCCGGUACUGGCUUCAACCAAUACGGCAACGGUUUCAACAAAUACGGCAACGAUUACGGAAGCGGACGGCAAAUGACGUCAUUCCUCUAAAAAUUUACCA